UCCGCUUUGUUAAAACAGUAAUUUUAAAAUUACGUUUUUAUUCUUGGUAAUGCUCCUAGUCGGGCUACGUGCAAGAUGCCUACUAAUGAGGUGGAACACAAUUAUGAUUCGUUGAAUCACCAUCUUCAUUCCUUUCACCAGUCGGGCCCGAAUUCGCAAUUCCCUUCAGUAAACCAUCUCGAGGCGGGCUCCUCCGAUCGGGAGUUUGACAAUAAUAACGAAUCCUCCCACUCUUCGUCACCCUUGUCUUCCCGUCUCCCGCUACUUCCCGCAACUACAUACAAAGCCCCAGGUCCUCCUACAUCUCCUCGACAGCUGUCACUCACCACAAACUUUACAGAUCUAAAUUUCAGGCGGCAUCACCCCACGAGUGAUGAGGCUUCACCCGACCCCCGCGAAUUCUACCUACAAUACAAUGACCCUUUCGGUGGUGAUGGCCAUACUGACUUCGGUGGAAAUAUGACUUCUGCCUCAUAUGCAAGGAAAACGAACAUCUCCGCUAGCGAUUAUCACAACUACUCCCCAACUUCCCACCGCCCUCCUUUCUCAUCCCGUUCCCGCCCAUACCGCGCGUCCUCUUCUAAUCUUCCGCAAGCCGCCCUUUUUAGUGCCUCACGACCAAGCUCAAUCAACCCUUCCGUGCAGAGAAACCCACAGCAGAGACAAUCAUCGUUAAAGGAGCUGGUGGAUAAGUUCAACCAAAAUUUCGACCAGGUUCCCCCGAGACCACCACACUCUCUUGCGUCUUCGAGGGACGGAAGUCCUGGUCGUCGUGGCAGUACACAUUCUCGCGCCAGUAGUACCCAACAACAGUUCCAAAGGGGGACCCGUGAUCAGGGGGAUUUUCGAUCACCUCCUCGAUCUGAACGUCCGGGUCGCCACAGCCAGUCUUCAAUAAACGUGAACAACAGCACGUCGAAUUCGUUCGGACCACCUCUAGCUAGGCGACCUUUAUUUGGUGAAAUCAUCCCUAGUCACCCUCGACCUGUUGUUCAUGACCGCGAUAUUGCGUCGCCUCGCUGGCGCAGAGGGUCGGAUGGUAGCAUGCACAUGCCCAAUCCGAUGUUUGUCGACUUACCUGUAGCACCCGAUAGUGCAUUCUCUCCAACAUCACCUACUGCCUGGUAUCUAGGGUACUCUUCAUCUUUUGAUACUUUGAAUACUACUGCAAAACCCCCGGUUACUCAUCGAAGAUCUCGAAGCGAUCUGGUUACAAAACCUUCCACCACCACCACCUCCUCCUCCUCCACUGCUGCCUCCGAUAUAUCAGACCCAAGCAUGGGUAUUUCAAUUAACCAAGGCGGCCUACAGCCGGCUGUCGCCAUCAAAAUGCGCCCCAAAUCAAACUCACAGUCACGGAUCCCAGUCUCAACCCGCCGCCUCAGCCAAGCUUCCGACUCCGGCGGUUCUACGCCUUCUACACGAACUAAUUCAGCCAUGGAUCGACAUAACGUCCAAAUAACUCUUCCCCCGAAGGGCUUGAGUGCGCUUCCGAAACGCUCCCCUAGAAAUUCUCCCAGUUCCAAAGCCCCACCUACCACCUUAGAAGUAACAUCAGCCGCACGACAUAAUCGUGGCCAGACCUCUCACCUCACCCCUGACAAAAGCCCCAGACUUAACGCUUAUAUAUCCGCUCCGCCCCCGAAGAAAUCUCCCCCACUUCGCAGUUCAAGACCACGCCAACCAGUGUCGUCGGCCACUACUUCAGCAUCACGCGCAAGAGUAGUAGAUAGGAUUUCCAGUCUACAAAACCAGUCCAAUGCGUCCACUAGGGAUUCCAAACCUUCGAGGACAAAAUCAAGACGACUGCCGGAACUAGGGAAUGUUGAUUUUGCUGCCCGGCGCCAGAAAAUCCAGCAGGCAUUUAAUAAAACGGUGGAAGAAAAUGCGAAAAGGGAAGAACGUGCAAUUCUCCGUCGUCAGUCGGCUCGAGAGAAAGCCUCGAGUGAUGUAGGCAAAACCAUAACGCCGACAACCACCGCGCCCAUAGAAGAAUCACGAAAGGAGCCACAGCCCACCGAAAUAAGCGACCAAUUGCCGAUAACAAUUGAAAGUCGACCAGGCACUCCUAGCAUUGGGGAUGAGCAAGAUAUAUUCGUUACACCCGACGAAGGACGAUCCCCAAAACUCGUCAACGCGAUCGCGGAACAUCUCGAAGCGGGCCGCCGUGUAACAUUCGAUGCGAAUAACAACAUCUGCUCCGCUACGGACCUUGUCGAGAAAUCAAUCAGCCAACUAGAUAUUCCCCGAUGCCAAACGCCGUGUUCUGAUAUUGCUCCACCCUCUGCAGUGACAGUGGGUACCGACAUUACCACGUUUGAUCAGGAGCCACAAACAGAUUUCCCCCAACCAUCCUCUCAGCAACACCGAACCGUCCUAAGCCAAAUCAUGCAGAUGCGAGAAUCCAGUCCAAGCAGCUCCGCUUCGUCUGAUUCUUACUCUGGAAGAGACGAUAAGGAGUCAAUCAAAAUUAUGCUUCGGCGAAGUCACUACUUUGACGAAUCACAGUACAACAGCAGUGAUAACCUUGAACCCUGUGACAUCCCAUGUGAUUUCAGGAUCGAUGUGGACCGUCAUCGUUGGAGUAUGAGCUCUUGGAGCUCCUCUAUUCAGGAUCGACAGUCCAUAGACGGGCCGCUUGGGCGGAUUACGGAAAACUCACCAGAGACAGAUGUUCAUAUAUCCAUACCUACGGGUGGAAAUAACCGAACUCCGCAACCCCCUGAAUCGCAAGCACGCGCCGAUUCACCCACGACUGGCGAAAUUGCAAUGCAGCGCGACACUCAUGACCUCCCGAGCGAACCCACAGCUCAUAAUGUACGCUAUACUACGCAUAUGAUGCAGCAGUAUCCUGAUUUAGCCAAGCAGGGCGGUUGGAACUCGAAACGCGUAACCCAACUCUUCCUGCAGGAGCUAGGGUUCGAGGGAUCGCAUUUGCUCAAGUCCGAUUUUGGGGUUGCCGCACGGGUCCAGACGAGCCGUCCUUCUUCUCGGGGUGACGAUACCCACAAAAAUGAUGCCCUGAGUGAGGAUCCCAUUAUAAUACCUGAGUCCAUAAAUGUUCCAAGAUCGGAGUAUGUUCAACACCGGGCGAGUUUGAACUUUAGAGAAGACUGGGAGAAAGCUUCUGCAUCAGUGGUGGAUUGGAUGCACGUAGCGGCAGCAGAAGAAGGCCCAGCAAACUCACCCAACGCUGUUCGUGAGAAAGUAGAAACCCCACGGCUCGCUACUAUAGAGCCAGAAUUUUCGGCCGAAAAGGAGGCGGUGGAAGGAUUAGGCCUUGCGAUUCAUGUCCAGUCUCCUCAGGACGACGAUCCACCUACCAUCCCCCCGCCUCCAUUACCUAACCAUUCACCUCCGCCCAUCCCCAUCCGUUCAAGUUCCAUUCCUGAACAAUUUCUCGAACCGUUGUUACAACCACCUGUACAGUCAUCUCCAAGUAUAUACUCAAAUAACCCGCCGUCCACUAUCCCGUCUAGUAUCCCACGUAUCCCAUCAAUAGAACUUAUACCAAGCGUACGAAGUCGCGAAGAGUCAUCUCUUCAGCAGGCCGGUUUGGUACCAUCUCCACAAACACUAGCGUCGUCGACUACAUCACAGGAACAAUCGAGCGCGGAACAACCUAGCGUUGAGGCCCCAGCGGUGAAAUCUUCUCCUUCCCCCGAACAGCGCCGCCUGAAAAAGCGAAAGCAUGUCAUCAAGGAGCUAGUCGAUACAGAGCACACAUUUGGCCAGGAUAUGACAGUUGUUGUCGAUAUUUACAAGGGAACUUCCAGCUCCUGCUUGGACUUGUCUCAGGAUGACAUCAAAACGCUGUUUGGUAACUCCGACCAGGUUGUACAGUUCUCGAUGGACUUUCAGGAUUCUCUGAAACGCGCCUCAAAGAGCGUUUAUGUACUACCACAAUCCCAGCGAUGGAAGAGCAAGCGUGGCAACAGAUCCACGCAGAUGAACGGUUCCACGGUAGAUAGCCAAACCAAUCCAUCCUCGGAAGCUUCAGACGAUGAAAAGGACCGGCAAACUUCAAUUGGCCAGGUUUUCGUUGAGCACAUCGAACGGAUGGAGAAAGUAUAUUCUGAAUACCUGCGGAAUCAUGAUGCGGCUAAUAGGACACUCGAGAUGCUCAUGCGGAAGAAUAAUGUUAAUAUAUGGCUGAAGGAGUGCCGGGACUGGGCCGUAGAUCUUACAUCGGCAUGGAACUUGGAUUCCUUGCUUGUGAAGCCUGUUCAGCGCAUUGUCAAGUACCCUCUGCUGCUAACAGAACUGCUCAGUGCGACUCCCCCAGACCAUCCAGACCAUGCUGCCUUGACAAAUGCGCUGCGCGAAACCACCAGCAUAUCCGUAAGGAUCAAUGACAUGAAGAAACGGGCCGACGUAGUUGGACAGAUCGUCAGUGGUCGGAAGCGCAAGGAAUCCGACGUCCGGACAGGGCUUUCGAAGGCAUUCGGGCGGCGCACGGAAAAAAUCAAGGCACACGUUGGCAUCACAGACGUAUAUGCAGAUAAAGAAUUUACCAUACUAAAUUCAAGGUUUGGAGACAAUUUCUUCCAGCUCCAAUUGAUCAUGCGGGACGUGGAGCUCUAUACCACCGAGGUGCAGACUUCCAUAAAGAAGUUUCAUGAUUAUGUUCUUGCGAUCGAAGCAUAUAUUAAUGUUGCACCUUCGAAUUAUCCUGAGUUGGAAAGCAAAUGGUGUCGGUUCAGGCUUGCUGUGAAAGAUGUGUUGACUGUGGCGCUUGUCGAUCAUGUUUCAGCCGUAAGGAAAAGCGUGAUUGUCCCCAUGGUCACGCUCAUCAGCUUACACGAUGGUCCUCGACGCGUGAUGCAGAAGCGGAACAAACGACUGAUGGAUUAUAUACGAUAUAAAACACUCAAAGACCGUGGCGACAAGGCAGACAAGAAAACCACUGAGCAAGGGGAGCAAUUUGUUGCUUUGGACGUAACACUUAAGGAGGAGCUGCCAAAGCUUUUUGCUCUGACGGGGAAGCUGACAGAUGCAUGCCUGCAUAACUUUGUGGAACUUCAAAAGACUUGGCUCAACUUGAUACAAAAGCGGUUGGGGUAUAUUUUCGAGCGGACGACGUUCCAUGAUCUGGAGCAAAUCAAGUCCGAUUGGGCUGCAGAUUUCUCAUUCAGCGAUGCUCAGGUAUUGUCACUGGGCAUCUGCAACGGAUCCAUUCUUGCAGACAUUGCCCAAGUCGCAGGAUUCAAUUCACCCUCAGCGUCGGCCUCUAAUGCGGCGGACGGGUCGUCGUCAUCUCGCAGACCCUCAACAGUGAAUAGCAUGAACAUUCAGAAUGCCAUUACUAACAGAGCUGCUUCCCUCGAGCAGAGUAACUCUCCGAAGUUAUCUCAUGAUUUCGGCAUCAGCACCCCUGGCAGCUUCAUGCAGUCGUCUCCCGGCGAUAACUUUACCCAGCAACACAAUGGGUCUCAGGUAUUCUCGAGUGGGCGAGUGCGUACCAACUCUGGCUUUUCAGGCCGCGCCUCAGGCGUACCCGAUGUGUCGAAUGGGCCAGCUGUACCGUCCAUGACCGCACUAAAGAACCCCGGUAGCGGGGCCAACUCCGGCCGACCCUCCGACGGGACUCCGUCACUCCCGCGACUCUCUCUCGACACCCCAAUGCUACAAGAUAUUCUCGCUGAUCCGCUAAUGGCACUGCAUAACCGGGGCACCCCGCCCGACCCCGCCCUCCACCCGUCCUCGCCCACCGUAGCACGAACCGGCAGCUUCUUUUCGUCCGCAAUGCCCAUGAACGAAUCGCCGCAGACGGCAACACCCGUGCCGGACGAGGAGAAACAGAAGGAUCCAGCCGUCCUAUUCCCUGUGGCAAGCUUGUUCGAGUUUAACAUCGACCGCGCGCGCCGGGAGGCCGGGUACCCAUACCUGACAUAUGUCGCCGGGGAGAUCUUCGAUGUUAUUGGUGAGAAGGGCGAUUUGUGGCUAGCGCGGAACCAGGACGACCCGACCCGUCAGGUUGGAUGGAUUUGGACUAAACAUUUUUCGAAACUUGCUGGAUAGCUGGCUAGGAGGGAUACUGGCAAGAAUAAGGAAUGAUUUGUUUCUUCUUCUAAGUAAGGAUUGUAUAGAAUUGGUUGGUUCGUUGGUUAACCGCAGGAACACACGAACCUCAUACCGAGGCCCUUUUUCCUUUUUCCCCUUUUUCUUUUUCUUUUUCUUUUACAUUGCUCUUCUUGGUGUUUUUGGCGUGUGCGAUAUUAUAUGGGGUUAUAAUGAUUAAUUACGCUCAACGCAGCCUUUUGAUACCUAUCGGAUAUAUUUUCUCGAAUGCUUUCAUGUUCGCAAUUUUUGUUUAUCAUAUUCAUGCUUUUGAUUUUCAUUUUUUCUUUCUUGAUUUUUUU